AUGGAAAAAGAAGAAUUGAAAAAUUUUAGUAUCAUAAAUAACAGAGGAAUUAAUUGUCCCUUAAAUGCAUGUUGUGAUAAUAUAAUUGAUAAGAAUGGAAAUGUAAUAUAUAAAAAUUAUAAUAACUUAUACAAAUUAACAUACAAACAUAUUUAUAAAUAUAAUAGAAUCACAUGCAUAAGUACAGACACGAUUUAUGAUAAUAACAAUAAUGCUUACACCCCUCUCUAUCAUUAUUAUUACUCUAACAAUGGGUUAGAUGUAGAUAAUAUUAAGGUAGAUGAUGAAAAUGGGCAAAAAAUUGAAAAUAGGGAAAGUGAUGAUGGUGAUAAAAAUGGGCAAAAUGAUGAUGGCGAUGAAAAUGCAUAUAAUAUGAACAGUAGUAAACAAGAAUGCUUAAGAUAUAAUUUAUAUGAAUUAUUGUUGUUAAGAUUUUUAAAUUAUAAGUCAGAUAAAGAAGAUGAUCCAAAUGAUAUAUUAGAUCGUAGUUUUUUUAUAAAAGAAAAUAAAUAUAUUCGAGGAAAUUCUAAUAAAUAUAUUAGAGAUGGAUACAACUCUUCAAAUGUACAUGACAAUUCUUUUUCAUUUAAUCAACCAAACAAUAAAGGUGGUGAAAUAGGUGUAGAAUCUAUUAGUUACAACAUUUCUAAUUCUAAUAAUAACCAUUAUCUAAAUUAUGAAUCCACAAAUAACAAUAACUAUACAUCAUCUCAAAAUUUAAAUCAUAAUUAUUUAUAUAAUAAUAAUAAUAGGACAAAAAAUGGAUAUUAUUAUGAUAAAUUUGAUGGACAAAAUAAAAAUUCAAAUAUUUAUCUGAACAAUAUAAAUAAUUCGAAUCCGAAAGGUUUUAAAUAUAUAGAUGAUAAUUGUUAUAAUUUGCCAAUAAAUAAUAUAUACAUAGAUGUAGAUGGUAAAAUUCAUUUAACUGAAAAAGAGAGAAACAACGGAUUAGGAUAUAAUGCGAAUGUGCAUUAUGGAAAUAAAUAUGACCGAAAUGGAAACUAUCAUAACAAGGAGAAUGGAAACUAUCAUAAUAAGGAGAAUGGAAACUAUCAUAAUAAGGAGAAUGGAAACUAUCAGAACCAAUCACAAUACUCACAAUACUCGCAACAUUCGCAGUAUUCGCCAGCUUAUGAACAUAUUAAUAAAAAUGAUCCCGAUAAAUAUUGGGAUAAUCCCUUAAUAUAUGGGAAAAAAGGUAACCACGAAAUAUUUACACUUGGCGAUAUUAAAAAAUUUUCACAAAAAAAUGAAAGAGAAUAUGAUAUAAAAGGAAGGAAUUAUAAUAAGUUAAAUGCAGAUAUGAUAAAUGAUGGCAACGCUAACAAUGUUAAUAGCGUUAAUAGCGUUAACAAUGUUAAUAACAGUUUUGUGAAUAGUCGGUUAAAAAUUGGUAAAGAAGUACAGAUAAAUAAUGAUAUACAAGGAACACAUCGAAAUAACAAUUAUUCAAUAUUUAAAGAUAAUGAUGAAGAAAAUUUAGCAAAAAGCAAUUUUGCAAAAUGGUUUAAAAAUAAUAACACUGAUGAGAAUGAUAGUGGAAAUUUAAUCAAGUAUCUAAAUAAUAAAAAUAAAACCGGAACAGAAAUAGGGGUUCGAUAUAAUAAUAAUGGAAUCAAUGGAAAUCUUGGGACAAUACCAAAUCAUGGAGCUAGCGAAAUGUAUAGUAGAGUGUUAGAAAAUUCCACAUACACUAAUGUUAAUAAUAACAGCCUGAAUUGUGUAUAUACAAAUGAAAACGUGUCUAACAAUAAUAAUAAUAAUAAUAAUAAUAUUAUUAGUGGUGGUAAUAUUAUUAGUGGUGGUAACAAUAUUAGUGGUGAUAGUGGUGGCAAUAAUAUUAGUGGUGAUAGUGGUAGUGGUGGUGGAGAGUCAAAGCAAUUGAGUAACACAGUUGCAGAACUGGUUAUGAAACAAAUAUCGCUAAUCAAAGAACGUAAUAAAAGUAUGGAAGAUAUUGAAAAACAUAAUUCUUUAAAUUUAUAUGAAAAUAAUUGGAAAAAUAGUAACAGUUUUAAAAAUGGAAGCAAUAUUAUCGGACAAACAGAAGACAAUAAUUUAUAUAUAAAAGAUGGAGGUAAAAAUAUAUUAGAUAUUAUAAAAAAUUUAAAUUCAAAUAAGCUUACACAUGAAUCUAUGGAACAUGAAAUUAUUAAACGAUCAACUGUUGGAAUAGGAAAUGAAAAUUAUUCUUUCCCUAUAAAUAAUGAACAAUAUAAUUAUCGAAAUAUUAAUAAACAACAUUCUAUGGAAAAUGGAAAUCUUAAAAAGAAAUUUUAUGAUAAUAAUAUAAAUGAUGUUAAUAAAAAUAAUAUGAAUAUAGAUUAUAUGAUGAUGAAUAAAAAAAUAACAAAUAAUAUUGGAAUAAAUAAUGGAAUUAAUAUUGAAAAUAAUUGGGGAAAUUCUAAUUUAGGAACAUAUAACAAACAUCUAAAUAUAAAUGAUAAGCUCAAUUUAGGAUCUAGAAAUAACUAUAAUUAUGAAUAUUAUCUAAAUAAUGAUUCUAAUCUAAAUUAUAAUUCAUAUAAAAAUAAAAACACAACACAAGGAAAUAUAAAUAUUACACCUAUUAUAAAUUCUUUAUUAAGAUUGGAAAAUGAUAACACAUAUAAUGAUAUUGGUAAAUCACCAUCUUAUUUGAAUAAAGGAGGAGAUACAAACAUGGGAUAUUAUAUAACUGAAAAUAUACAAAAUGCUAAAGUUAAUAACGUUUUAGAUUCUUUAAAAUCAUUGUUAAAAGCUUCUCAAAAAGAUAUAGAUGCAAAUAAUUUCAUGAAUUCACAUAUAGGAAAUUUAUCUCAUAAUUUAGGUAAUAGUCGAAUAUACAAUAAUAGUUCUAAUUUUAAUAAUCAAAAAAAUUCUGUACAAAUAAAUAAAUAUUCUAAUUAUCAUUCGCAACAAUAUUAUCCAACUCAAUAUAAGCAAGAUUACAGACAUUAUCCACAUUCAAAUUUUACCGAUUCCAAUAAAAAAAAAUUGUAUAAAAAAGAUAAGCACAUUUCUAAAUACUCGAAAUCGGAAAUACCAACUAACGAAACAAUAACCAUUCCAUUGACAGAGGAAAAUUAA